UUAGAAGAAGAGCUGAGCACAACAGCACAACAACACAACAUAUAAACACAUUAUAACACUGCAAAAUGCCCGAGAUGGACGAGCAAAGACACCCCGUCAAUAUUCAGCUUCUAGGAGUGAUGCAGAAAGAAAUGACCAAACUGUACAUGACCACAGUCCUCUGGUCAGAUGGAAAUGAGAUUACCGUCUACAGAUCGCUGGAAGACUUCAAGAAAAUGCAUAGACAACUCAAGAAGAAAUUCCCUCCAUCAAACCCCUUUAAGCGAUCAGCACGGAUUGUUCCCGAAUUUAAAGAAGUGCGAGUGCAGAAGAGCCUGCAGAAGUGGAGCGGCAGUAAAUCAGUGCUGCGGAUGAAGGCUCUGGAGGAAUACUGCGGUCAACUGCUGAAGAGUGACGCGCAGGUCUGCCGCAGCUCAGAGCUCAUACAGUUCCUGCUUCCCAAAGCACACGACCUCAACGCUGACUUCGCCAAAAACUGUAUCGUGAUCAUGCCGUCAGAUGUUACUCUGGGCAGCAGUAAAGCUGAAUCCAACAGCGGUGUUACUCAACCCUUCGUGACGGAAACAUACCGCUGCAUCGCUAAUUACGAGACCAAAGACACCAAGAACAGACCCUUCAAGGUGGAGGUGGACGAGACUGUGGAUGUGCUCAUCAAGGACCAGAAAGGUUGGUGGCUUGUAGAGAAUGAAAGCAAGCAUCUGGCCUGGUUUCCAGCUCCGUAUCUAGAAAGAGCCGAAAUGGCGGACGACGGCCCCGACGAGAUGGAUAACGAAAGUGUUUUCUAUGUGGCAACCAAAGCUUAUAAAGCCACGAACAGUGAUGAGCUGUCGGUGGAGCUGGGCUCAGUGCUGGAGGUGCUGCAGAAGUCCGACAACGGCUGGUGGAUCGUGAGGUACAACCGAAAGGCGGGAUACGUCCCAUCCAUGUACCUACAGCCGCACAACAACCCUCGGAUUCUCUUGAAGUCCACUCAGAAGGAGAUAUCCCGCUCUACUCUUGAUCUGGCACAACUCCAGCAUCCCCAAACCCUGCAGGACUCCAGACUGCGAGAGCUCAGCAGAUCUCAAGGAAACCUGCUGCUGCAGCCUGCAGAAACCGACAUCAUGGAUAAACAGAAGUCACGUUCGCUGGGAAGACUUCCAGACGCGGCGAGAGCAAACCCUCCGUCGAUCCGGGUGGAGUUUGCGGAGAGCGGGAAACAGAGCAGUCAGAGUGACGACAGCGAGGAGUUCAGCGAUGACAGCAGCUUUUCCUGCAGCGAUUCGCUCGACCGCUCAGACGCAGAGGAGUGUUUCCGGCGGAGUCGCACGCCGACUGCUGAAACUCUAACUCCUGAGAGCGCAGGAGGGAUUACGGCUAGCAGAUCAGACCCAUGUCUUAAUAAAAUGCCGUCCACUCCGAAAGUGCCGCCCAGACCCGCCGUGCAGGAGAUCCUGACCCGCUGCACCACCGUCACACGCAAAAACAUGCAGAGAAACAGCUAGCUCAGAUCUGCAGCUGAAGUCGUCCUCAUUACAACAUCUAUAAUCCACUUAGUCUAUGCUGACGCUAUCUUCAGCAGCUCUAAUGGCUAAUGGACAGACGGCUGCUUCUCACUCAGGGCUGCUCUUUAUGCUAAUGAGAUGGAGAGAUGGGCACUAGUGGGCGGGGCACAAAGGGAGAAUGUCAAUCACAGUGUUUCCAACAGAACAAAUAGCAUUAGUGGAUGUUGAGCAUAACGCCCCACUCACACGAGGCUUCAGCGUCAACGCUUGUCGGAAAUUGGGGCUGACGCAUUCAUCAUAGCAGAUCAGCCAAUGACAUUAGCAAUCGGCUCCUGUCUGAGCUGGCGUAUUUGCAUACAGCAAUCUGAUUGGCUGACGCUUCCGACCUCAACCCCUCAUAGAAGUGAUUUCUGCUUUAAUAGCUGCCCUUUAAUCACGUCACUCCUGUAGAGCGGCUAAACGUAGUAUUGGUAACCUAGCAACCAACAAUAAACAAGACAAGCAUAAUGGAGACAGCUGAUUGGUUACAAGAGUAAAUGUUACAUUCAUUAUUCACAUUAAGCCUCCAGAAUCACCUCCAAAGAGCGUAAACAGCGUUUGUGUGUGAAUUAAAGGAUUUUCAUUAAAAAUGUACACUUUCCAUCAAAGGUUUCUGACGUCAUACUUUAAAACAUGCAGUAAUACAGGCGCAUAUUAACACUUUUAUUCUGUAACUGCUCAGUUUUUAUGUCUGGAUCUGAAUGUUAUAAAUGUUAUGAAUGUUUUCUUGUAGCAAAUAAAUGUUGGUUAUUAAUA